AUGGCCGAGAGUCCAAGCAUUUCCGUGAAGAAAGCGCCUGCCGAUGCAAUGCUUGUGACUUUUUUCCUGAAGGACGAGGUAAAAGAUUGGGCAAUUGUGGACGAGGUUGAUAAUGAGGUGGAGGAACGAGGAACGAGAAAAGGGGCCACUGAGUGGGCUGCGAAGCGAUGGUGUUCCUAUGGAAAAUGGGUUGUUGGAGGAAAGGUGUUCGGGCCCCGAGGAGGAAGUAAUAGAUGGGGCAACACUGAUAAAGAAGUGGAGGAAUGGGGAAUGGGGGUGUUAAGUCGACUGCGAAGCAAUGGUGCUUUCAUGGAAAACGCGUCAUCAUCGUCGGAAGGGGGUUCGAGUGAGGGCUUGAUGCCAGCAUUGAGCUAUUAG